UGGGGUGCGGAGCGGGACUUGGAACCGCCGCCGCCUUGGCCACCGCCUACAGAGUGUCCUGCGCCUGGUGCUGCCUGGACCAUGCGGCCCGAGCCAGGAGGGUGCUGCUGCCGUCGCCCGCCGCGGGCGAACGGCUGCGUGGCGAACGGGGAAGUGCGGAACGGGUACGUGAGGAGCAGCGCCGCUGCUGCCGCUGGCCAGAUCCAUCAUGUUACACAAAAUGGAGGACUGUAUAAAAGACCAUUUAACGAAGCUUUUGAAGAAACACCAAUGUUGGUCGCUGUGCUUACUUAUGUGGGGUAUGGUGUACUCACCCUCUUUGGGUACCUUCGAGACUUCUUGAGGCAUUGGAGAAUUGAAAAAUGUCACUAUGCAACAGAAAGAGAAGAACAAAAGGAUUUUGUGUCAUUGUAUCAGGAUUUUGAAAACUUCUAUACAAGGAACCUCUAUAUGAGGAUUAGAGACAACUGGAAUCGACCGAUCUGUAGUGUGCCUGGAGCCAGGGUGGACAUCAUGGAGAGACAGUCUGAUGAUUACAACUGGUCAUUCAGGUACACAGGGAAUACAAUUAAAGGUGUUAUAAACAUGGGUUCCUACAACUAUCUUGGAUUUGCACGGAAUACUGGAUCAUGUCAGAAGGCAGCUGCCAAAGUCCUAGAGGAGUAUGGAGUUGGCGUGUGCAGCACUCGGCAGGAAAUUGGAAACCUGGACAAGCACGAAGAACUAGAAAAGCUUGUGGCAAGUUUCUUGGGAGUAGAAGCUGCUAUGGCAUAUGGCAUGGGAUUUGCAACAAAUUCAAUGAACAUUCCUGCUCUUGUUAGCAAAGGUUGCUUGAUUCUGAGUGAUGAACUGAACCACGCGUCACUGGUUCUGGGAGCCCGACUCUCAGGAGCAACCAUUCGAGUCUUCAAACACAACAACAUGCAAAGCCUGGAGAAGCUAUUGAAAGAUGCCAUUGUCUAUGGUCAGCCUCGGACACGAAGGCCCUGGAAGAAGAUUCUAAUCCUUGUGGAGGGAAUAUAUAGCAUGGAGGGAUCUAUUGUCCGCCUCCCUGAAGUGAUUGCCCUUAAGAAGAAAUACAAGGCGUACCUGUAUCUAGAUGAAGCUCACAGCAUCGGGGCUCUGGGGCCUGCUGGCCGAGGUGUAGUAGAUUACUUUGGCCUAGAUCCUGAGGAUGUGGACGUUAUGAUGGGAACAUUCACCAAGAGCUUUGGUGCUUCUGGAGGAUACAUUGGAGGCAAGAAGGAGCUGAUAGACUAUCUACGAACACAUUCUCAUAGUGCAGUGUAUGCCACGUCACUGUCGCCACCUGUUGUGCAGCAGAUCAUCACCUCGAUGGAGUGCAUCAUGGGCAAGGAUGGCACCACCCUUGGCAAAGAGUGUAUACAGCAGUUAGCUGAAAAUACCAGGUAUUUCAGGAGACGUCUGAAAGAGAUGGGCUUCAUCAUCUAUGGAAAUGAAGAUUCUCCGGUGGUGCCUUUGAUGCUCUACAUGCCAGCCAAAAUCGGCGCCUUUGGACGGGAGAUGCUGAAGCGGAACAUUGGAGUAGUCGUGGUGGGAUUUCCCGCUACCCCAAUUAUUGAGUCCAGAGCCAGGUUUUGCCUGUCAGCAGCUCAUACCAAAGAAAUUCUUGAUACUGCUUUAAAGGGGAUCGAUGAAGUUGGGGACCUGUUACAGCUGAAGUAUUCCCGUCAUCGGUUGGUACCUCUGCUGGACCGGCCCUUUGAUGAGACUACAUAUGAAGAAACAGAGGACUGAGCCUUUUUGGUGCUCCCUUAAAGAAACUCUCCGUCACCCAGGACAGUAUGUGGCCUUUCUGAGCCAGGUCCAGGAACCACGCUUCUGUGGCCAUCUCACGCGAAAGACAUUUUCUCAACUGCUGACAGUGGCCACCUCCGCCCUAAAUGGCAUUUUGUAAAUAGUAAAAAACUGCUUCACAUCUUCCUUUGCAAGGUUUCACCUUUUAAAAAAAAAGGUGACUCACCGCUUUUUUUGUCCAUUAAAAAAAUGUUUUAUUUUAUAAC